AUGGAACAAAAAGCAGAGAAAAGUAAUCUUUCUCAACUUGCGACAUUGGACUUUGAGGACGUAGACCCUCUUGGUGAUGAUAUUGAUAUGGAUAAUAUUGGAGCUAAAGUUCGUGUUCUGAGACUGGUUGAUGGUGAAAGAAAACCUGCAAUGGGCUAUAUUUAUGAGGCUAUGGAUAGGGCAAAAGAAAUAAUUAUGAAGGCCUUCAAGGAGAAAGAAGAGAAAUACAAAGAAGUAUUUGAGAUCAUUAAUGCGAGAUGGGAAUAUUCAAAUAUCUGUGGAGAAGUGGUGAAUGGUUUGUUUGAAACUAUGGAGAGAUUGGUUUCAAGCGCUACCGAGCAAGAUAAAAUCACUACCCAGCUCUCUAUAUAUCGAAAGGCAGAAGGGCUAUUUGGGAGGAAUGUAGCAAUUAGGCAUAGAAGAGCAUUAUCUCCAGUAGAAUGGUGGGAAUGCUACGGAGCAAAUACCCCAGAAUUUCAAAAGUUUGCUAUUAAAGUGCUUAGCCUCACUUGUAGUGCUUCUGGUUGUGAGCGCAAUUGGAGUGUAUUUGAGCAGAUUCACAGCAAAAAAAGAAAUAGGCUAGCUCAGCAGCGCUUAAAUGAUUUGGUAUUUGUGAAAUACAAUCGUGCCUUAAAGCUUCGGUAUGAUGCACGUGAUAAGAUUGACCCCAUCUCUUUGACUGAUAUUGAUGAUAGUAAUGAAUGGUUGAUGGGUAGAAUGGAUGGAGAAAGUGAUAAUGAAGAAGAUGAGUUGGUUUUUGAAGGUGAUGACUUGACAUGGGAUGUCGUUGCUAGGGCUAGUGGAGCUGAAGAGCCUGAAUAUUGUACUAGAGGAAAAAAUAUUACAUCCAUGACCUCUAGUUCACAUGCUAGGCCUAAACAAGUCGAGAAGGGAAAUGCAUCUUCCUCUAUGAGACACUCAUCUCUAAGACUUAGAGAUGAAGAAGAAGAAGAAGAAGAAAUUGAAUUUGAAGAAGAUGAAGAUAAUACAAUGAGGAUGAUCUUGAGCUUGAUGAUUAAUUUGACUUAUUACACUUGUUUUGAUGGACUUUGUUAGUUUAA